AUGAAAGCCUUAUGUUGCUUUCUUUUCCUUUCUCUUUUCUCCAUUAUUUCUUCCCGAACCUUAUCUCUCUCACUAAACAACGCCUUCGCGGCAGCCAUUACACGACGUCACCUAGUCCAAACGAAAGAAACUGACCAUGAACCCGAUGUUUGGGAGACCGAGGUUGAUCCAAAAUUAGUUUUCCCUAAUCCUAGGCUUAAAAAGGCCUAUUAUGCAUUACAAGAAUGGAAGAAGGUCAUUUUUUCAGACCCGGAAAAAAUGAUUAGAAAUUGGGAAGGCGUAGAUGUAUGUUCUUAUAAUGGCGUGUUUUGUGAAAAAGCACCGGAUGAUCCAAAUAUAAUGACGGUCGCUGGAAUUGAUCUUAACCAUGGCGACAUAGCAGGCGAACUCGUUCCACAACUUGGGCUAUUAACUGACCUAGCCAUAUUCCACAUAAAUUCUAAUAGAUUUUGUGGGAUGCUCCCAAAUUGUUUAUCAAAGCUUUCAAUCCUUCACGAAUUCGACAUAAGCAAUAACCGAUUUGUGGGCCCGUUUCCUAGUGUUGUGUUGGACAUGCCUAAACUAAAGUAUCUUGAUAUUAGAUUUAAUAACUUUGAAGGAGCAUUACCACCUGAACUGUUUGAUAAAGACUUGGAUGCUAUAUUCUUGAACCAUAACCGAUUCUGCUCCAAUAUACCAGAAAACUUCGGGAAUUCUAGUGCUUCAGUUAUCGUGUUAGCGGAAAAUGACUUUAAAGGAUGCAUUCCUACUAGUAUUGGCGAUAUGACUUGCUUAGAUGAGGUCAUUUUUGCUAACAAUGAACUAUCUGGUUGCUUACCUGACGAAUUUGGGUUGCUCGAGAAUAUAACAGUUUUGGACUUGAGUAAGAACAAAUUUGUAGGUACGCUACCGGAAGGUUUUCAAAACCUGAAGCGCGUUGAGAUGAUUGAUAUUGGGCAUAACGAGUUCACUGGUACGGUGGGUGAUUCUAUUUGUACUUUGCCGAAACUAAUGAACUUUACGUUUUCUGAUAAUUACUUCAAUGGACUUGAACCAAAAUGUGAAAAACCUGUAAAGCCAGAGCUUGUGUUUGAAAACCGAGAUAACUGUUUGCCGGGUAAACCAGAUCAGAAAAAGGAGAAUAAGUGUGCGCCAGUUGUGAAUCGGGAGAUUGAUUGUGAAUCGGUUGGGUGUAGACCGUCAAUAGAUAGCGACGAAGAGGGUCAGAAGAGAAAACCACCAAAGAGAAAACCACCUCCUGUACCUAAGCCCACACCGGUUCCAAAACCACCUACACCUAAGCCAGCACCACCGGUUCAUUCACCACCGCCACCGGUUCCUAAACCACCUCCAACACCGGUUCAACCUCCUCCACCACCUGUUCAACCACCUCCAAAACCUAUUCAACCACCUCCUUCCCCGGUUCCUAAACCACCUCCAACACCGGUGCCCGAAGCACCUAAGCCUAAACCACCGCCAAUUCAAUCACCUCCUCCACCAGUCCACUCACCUCCACCACCGGUUCAUUCCCCUCCACCACCGGUUCAUUCCCCUCCACCACCGGUCCACUCCCCACCUCCACCCAUUCACUCACCUCCCCCACCGGUUCAUUCCCCCCCUCCACCAGUUCACUCACCACCACCACCACCACCAGUAUUCUCACCUCCACCACCACCAAGUCAACCACCUCCAUCACCUCCUCCGUCACCACCACCUCCAGUCCCAUCCCCACCGCCACCAACCUUUGACGACAUUGUACUUCCACCACAUAUCGGUUCACGUUACCCAUCACCGCCACCACCAAUAUUUGAAGGGUACUAAACAUUAGACCA